AUGAGGCUUCCCGUAUCCUCACUGGCUCUCGGGGCCUUGUGCCUCUCAUCAGUCCCAUUCGCCUCAGCCCUUGCGCCGUCGGAUAUACCCUCGGACCUCCCCGUCUCGAAGUUAAUCGAGAGCGCGAAUGCCAACUUGGCCCAGGGCAAGGCGCAAGAUGCCCUGGUCUACUUCGACGUUGCCAUACAGAAGGAUCCGAGCAAUUACUUGACCAUCUUCAAGCGCGGCGCGACAUAUCUCUCCCUCGGCAAGAAUCAACAAGCGGGUCGGGACUUUGAUCAAGUGUUGGUGUUGAAACCCGGUUUCGAGGGCGCGUUGACCCAGCGAGCAAAGAUCAAGAGCAGGAAUGCGGACUGGAAGGGUGCUAAGGAAGACUAUUCUGCCGCUGGUAAGAGGGGGACGUCGGAAUGGCUUGACUUGCAGGAGGCAGAGAGCGCCGAGAAGUUGAGCGCCGAUGCGGAGAAGAAAGGCGACUGGGAGGCUUGUGUCAAUCACGCUGACCUUGCAAUUCCCGUCGCGAGCACAGCGUUGGAGUUGAGGCACCGGAGGGCGAAGUGUAGACUCGAAAAGGGCGAGAUUGUGUGGGGACUUGCGGACCUGAACCACGUCCUGCAGAUCAACUCCGCCUUGACCGAGCCAUACCUUCAAGUUGCGGCCACGACUUUCUACUCUUUGGGAGACACCGAUAAGGCUAUCACUGCUAUCUCGAGAUGUCUUCACAACGACCCGGACAACAAGCAAUGCUCCAAGUUACGCAAGGCGGAGAAGGCAAUCGAUCGUACCUACAAGAAGGUCUGCGGCUUAAUGGAGAAGCGACAAUACAAUAGUGCCGUCAAGCUUCUUGUACCCCAGGGCGAAGAUCCAGGUCUGCUUCAAGAGGUCAAAGACGACAUCAAGGCGUACCGGAAAGCGGGCUACAUUCAUCCCAAGGCCACCGACGGGUUAUACGGCCGCCUCGUCGAGCGAACAUGUGAGGCAUAUACAGAGAUGAAUAACCUGAAGAAGGCGGCACCAUACUGUGAGGAGGCGCUCACCUACAAUCCUUCUUGCCUCCCCGCUCUACUCUCCAAGGCUCAGCGACAGAUCGACGCAGAUGAGUUUGAGCCUGCGAUUGGAACGCUAAAUAACGCGAAGGAAGAACAUGGCAACAGUCAGAAGAUCCAGGAACUUCUGCAGAAGGCCCACACACUUCUCAAGCGAAGCAAGAUCAAGGACUACUACAAGGUGCUCGGCGUCGACAGGGAUGCCGAUGAGAGACAGAUCAAGCGCGCUUUCAGGAAGCUGACGAUCCAGCAUCACCCUGACAAGGCGGCAAAGAAUGGCGUGACCCAAGAAGAGGCGCAGAAGAAGAUGUCCGCUAUCAACGAGGCCUACGAAGUUCUGUCCGAUCCCGAGUUAAGGGCACGCUUCGACAGAGGCGACGAUCCAAACGACCCACAAUCAGGACAACAGCCAUUCCAUGGCAGUCCAUUUGGUCCCGGGGGCGGUCAACAACAGUUUGUCUAUCAGCAGGGAGGCGGAGCUUUCAAAUUUCCGGGUGGUCAAUUCGGCGGGUUUCCUAACGGGUUUCCUUUCGGUUGA